AUGGGCGAGAAGGGCGGCGCCGGUUCUUCGGAGGGCCGCAAGCAGUCGGCGGGGAAGUGCAAGCGCGUGCGCACCAUCUUCACGCCGGAGCAGCUGGAGCGGCUGGAGGCGGAGUUCGAGCGCCAGCAGUACAUGGUGGGGCCCGAGCGCCUCUACCUGGCGCACGCGCUCCAGCUCACUGAGGCACAGGUGAAGGUGUGGUUCCAGAAUCGACGCAUAAAGUGGCGCAAACAGCACUUGGAGCUGCAGCAGCAACGGCUGGCGCAGCUGAAGCAGCAACAGCAGCAGCUGCACCAUCACCAGCAGCAGCAGCAUCACCACCACCAGCACCAGCCGCAGCAGCAGCAGCAGCAGCCGCAGGUCGGCCGGCUGGAGGCGUCCACGCCCGGCGACAGCGACGGCGACAGCUGCAACAGCGGGCCCGACAGCCCCCCGCCCCCACCCCCACCACCGCAGCAGCAGCAGCAGCCAGCCUUCCCCACGCAGUAG